CCUCGCCUGACCCGCGACAGAGCCUUAAUGACCUCAGCAACUUUCCUGUGCCGCCCCCCUCGCGGCCCGGUUUGGUACGGCCUGUCCGGCGUUCGGCGUUCCAUUCCCCCCGCCUUCCUCUCAGGUUGGUUCAGCCCCCGACUACUCCGGGGUGGUGCUUAGCCGGCGCCAGACCGACCCUCGACUUCGGAGAGGCAGCGCUGUCCCUCUGGGCUCUUCGCCUUUGGUUCCUUCGGCUCCUCCCACCUCCUCGGCCUCCGAAGCGCCCGGCGGACCCCGAGAUCGCGGUGUAUGCCCCAACCCUGACCCCGCUCGAGACAUGUCUACCCCGGCUCGGAGGCGUCUCAUGCGGGACUUCAAGCGGUUGCAGGAGGAUCCCCCUGCUGGAGUCAGUGGGGCUCCGUCCGAGAACAACAUAAUGGUGUGGAACGCGGUCAUUUUCGGACCUGAAGGAACCCCGUUUGAAGAUGGAACAUUUAAACUUACAAUAGAGUUCACUGAGGAGUACCCGAAUAAACCGCCUACUGUUCGGUUUGUCUCUAAGAUGUUUCACCCCUCAGUCUAUGCAGAUGGUAGUAUAUGCUUGGACAUACUUCAGAACCGCUGGAGUCCAACUUACGACGUGUCUUCCAUCUUAACAUCUAUACAGUCUCUACUGGAUGAACCCAACCCCAAUAGUCCAGCAAACAGCCAGGCCGCCCAGCUGUACCAAGAGAACAAGCGGGAAUAUGAAAAGCGCGUCUCCGCAAUAGUAGAACAGAGCUGGAGGGACUGUUGACACGGGUGCAGUGAAAGAGGCUGAGUAGAAGACAAAAACCUCUCUUGAUGUGUUUGUCACCUUCCUAUCCCUCAGUGUCACGGCCUUUACUUUAUUAAAUGCAAAAUAGCUCUUG